AUGGAAUUAAUCGGCUGCCCUGCGGUUGCGGUGUUGACCUGUUUCUACUGGGUGGCUUCCCAUUUGGUCCUUCUUCUUCGCGUUGCUUUGCCGCGCUUCAGCGUAAUCGUGCGCUACGGUGGUCGCUGUGUUACGUCCGAGAGUAUUUGCAGUGGCUUUGCCUCUUGGAUUCAGUCAUCUCGGGAUUAUGCAAAGCGCACAGUCGGCAUGUGGAAGUCUGAGAGACUAUCGCGGGCCGUCUUUCACUGUACUGCCAUUCUUGAGGGUUCGAUCUUGUGUCGUAUACGAGUUAGCAGAAAGCUUAGCUUCUGCGCUUUUUAUGUUGCAGGUAUUGUUUCCAUCGUUUUGAUACUCAUUCUGAUGGAUGGCGGCCAUUGUUCUCCCAUUGUGGAGGGGAUGACAGUAUAUUCUGACGGCCUCAAUCACUCAGCUGUCGCCUUCCUGGUUUCUUAUGCCGGUCGACCGCUGCUUGCUUUUCUCAUGCACUGCACCGUCCGAUUAUUGGAGUGCCUUUUUUUGCAUCGCUUCAGGGGCGGGUCCGAUGACUGUGUGACUGGCUUCGCCGCCGUUGCUGGAUGCUCUUUCUACGUAUUUGCCUCGUGUUCCAGCGGCAUUAUUCUCCCCUGUACAGAACGGUCGCCACUAGUGAUUGGUGGGCAGAGGGUUGUUAAUGGUAUGACGGAGGCAUCACCUUUUUUCCCUACGUUCGCGUUGGCCGUGGAUGCCUUAUUUGUUCUGCAUAUGGUUUUUCAAGUAACACAGGUGUACCAUCACUGGGUCCUGGCGGAGCUUCGGAGAAAACCUGUCGGCACAAGUGUCCUUAAGGGGGAGCACUGUUCCGUUGGCAGAUGCAAGACCACACCGAAGGGCGUGAGCGAGGAAGGGAGAAUCGGCGACGGUUCAGCGGUGCUGUACCAUUUUCCUCGUAUCGCACUCUUUAAAUAUGUGCAGGAGCCGCACUACGCGUGCGAAGUCGCGAUGUAUGCCGUCAAUGCAAUCAGUAUCUGCCUCAUAGUUUACAAUAGGUCAUUGCCCUCCGGUGGCACUGGAAGGGAAAUAGGGGAUGAGUUUUCCGUAGGCAGUGAGGUGGUGCCGUUGUUGUGCGCGACGUGCUUACCGCCGCUAGGCGUGUUGUUUUUCUCGUUGUUUAAUCUCGCCAUUACCGCGCGUGAGCACCGCCGGUUUUGGGAGUGUGUGAAUGCUAGGCGAGGCGACGGGGAGCGGGAGCUAAUCCCCAAAUGGGAUUUGUUCUAUGGCGUGUGGUAA